CCGUGGCCUUUUUUUGAUCCACGUCCCCUCCUUCUUGGCGCACAUUGCGCAAACAUCUUGCUGAUCCUCUUCUUAACGUGUCUAUAUUUUUUGCUCUUUCUUACUUUUUCUUCUUACUUCUUCCAGAAUACUUUCAUCCGUCAAUGCUGGCGACAUGGCGGCUCUACGAGGCGGGAGACCAAGCUCUCGCGCCAUCUCCCUAAUCUUGCUUCUCGUGGCAUUCUUUGCUGGCGUCAGCCUUGCGUCUGUCGGUGAUCAGCUGGAGGACUUCAAACGAUGUCUUGACGUCUGCAAGAUCGAAAACUGCGGCCCUGGCAAGGCUGAAACCCCAAUUCCCCUCUCCCGCCGCCUCCUCCUCUGGGACUGCCCCGCCGAAUGCGACUACACCUGCCAACACAUCAUCACCACCUCGCGCGUCGCCUCCGACCUCAACGUCGUCCAGUUCCACGGCAAAUGGCCCUUUUACCGCUUCAUCGGCAUGCAGGAGCCCUUCUCCGUGCUCUUCUCCCUCGGCAACUUCUGGGCGCACUGGCAGGGCCUCAAGAAGAUCCGCGACCAGAUCCCGGCCCACUACUCCAUGCGCCCCUACUACGAGGUCUUCUCCUACUUUGGCCUCGCCGCCUGGACCUUCAGCUCCAUCUUCCACACCCGCGACUUUGCCGCCACCGAGCAGCUCGACUACUUCGCCGCCGGCGCCAGCGUCCUGUACGGGACGUACUACACCGUCGUGCGCAUCUUCCGGCUCGACCGCAAGACGCCGCGCCGGCGCUCGGUGCUGCGCGUGUGGACGCUGCUCUGCGUCUUGCUGUACGCCUGCCAUGUCGGAUACUUGAAGCUCUUCCGCUGGGACUACACCUACAACAUGGCCGCAAACGUCGUCGUCGGCAUCAUCCACAAUGCCCUCUGGAGCUGGUUCAGUUUCCACCGCUACCGCAAGCUGGGCCGCACUUGGGCCAUGUGGCCAAGCAUCGCAGUGGCAUGGGUCAUGUUUUCCAUGAGCAUGGAACUGUUUGAUUUCCCGCCCUGGUUGGGCUGCAUCGAUGCCCACAGCUUGUGGCACCUAAUGACGAUUGGGCCGACUGUUCUGUGGUACAAUUUCCUCGUCAAGGAUGCAAACGAUGAUCUUGCCGGAAGCGAGAGAUUAAAAGCUUAAUAGUAUAAAGAGGACAAUACAUAAAAAAACUUUUCAGAGGCGUUCAAUUUCGGGAGAAUCAUAAUUUGAAUUGUAACUUUUACUUCACACUUGCUUGAAAAUUAAAAUAGCAAUAUACCCUACAAUAGCUUCCCUGAGUGGUAUCUCUUCCCAGAGCCGAAAAUCCAGUGCGUUUGUGUUCCCGUCGCACGUUUUGUUAUUCGUAUAUCCAGUCCAUGUAUAAAUAAAAUAAUGAAAUGCAAUAAAAGAUGAAACAAUCAAUGAUGAAAUUCCUCUAAAUUGUCAUCAUUUGCCUGAAUUAUAAGCCUCUAAACUCCACAAACCCAUCACAGACUCCAUUUUUUAAGUUUACCCGUACAGGGGUUUGCUUCUGACAUGAAAAUUGAUAAGGUAUAAGAAGAAAUCAAGGGAAAUCAAGGAGUAAAGAAGAAAAGAGAUUAAUAGUGUCAUCGCUCAUGACAGCUGAGGGACGGCAAGCAACUAUGAGCUUAACAAAUCUCGCACAGACAGUGCUCGUCCGUUAUUGUUGCUACUCGUCGUCCCCCGCCUGUCGCUAUUGAGCAUCAACAACGCCGCAGUAGCCUCUUGGUCGAGGUCACUCUGCGGAAGUAACGCGGGACUCGUCAACGUUGACCCAGAAGCAGAAGUGCUGCUGUGCGUGUAAGACGCAAUGUUGUUGUUGACAAACGUCUGAGGCCCAAAGGCGGGAGAUGUUGUGGUUGACCCACUGUAGCUGUAGUGUCUCUGGUCGGUGGAAACCGACGAGUAUGAGUGCUGGCGAUGCCGAGAGU